GAUUCCAAGGAAACUUACUUAUUGGUCAGUACAUACCUUGUUCAAGGCCAACAUGGCGGACAGGGGGGGGAAAUCGAUCUUUGUGGCAUUUUGGCGCACGAUGGAGUUGUGCUCAGGCCCAAGCGUCUUCAUGUUCUUGAUGUCUUUUGCCAUCUUCAUCAAGCCUCCGAGCGUCACGUUCGUGAACGCCAUGCAGCACUUCGGCGGGGGCAUCGUCCUCUCUGCCGUGGCGACCGAGCUCCUCCCGGCCAUGAGCAGGCAUAAGCACAGGUGCGUCAACGGGGGAAGC